AUGCCUGUAACACAAUCACGGAUACCGAUCCGGGCUUCUCAUCCGUCACUGGAGCCCAAUGCCGUUUCGAUGUCAGUCAGGUUAUGGCCACGCAUCGACAUAGCCCCGGACCCAAAUGCUCCCUCUUCCCAAAAGCCCACCCAAACUAGCAUUAUUGUCGCCAUUGUCGUUGCCGUAAUCGCCCUGAUGUUAUCCAUCACUCUCACCUUACGCGCCGUCCGCGCCAGGCAUCCCAACCCAAAAUACAUACCCACGCCCUUCUUAAAGCGAUUGUGGACCAAAUGGAAGGUCCCGCCUGUCAAGCAUGCCUACGCUCAGGCCGGCAUCGACGAAGAGUACAACAGUCACAACCGAGCAAAUCAGGACGCCAUGGAGGAGACACUCACUGCGGUGAACGCUCGACUUGCCGCCGCAGCCGGCAGAACAGGAGCGACAGGAGGAACGACAGCUGAGGUAAACCGUAACCAGUCGAUCCGCAGCAUCAUGACACUCCCGCCCUACCGGCCAGCCCCAGGCGAGAACGAGCGAGUACUAGGUAGAGAAGGCGAGCGCGACGGUAUCGACGUGGUGGUGGAGAUGCCGACUGCGGAGGAUGAGGAGCAUCUACGUGACGAGGAAAUGGAGGCACUGUACCAGAUUCGCGUGGCAAGGCGGCGCGCGAACCAAGAGCGGGAGGAGCGGCGACGACUGCGCCAAGAGGCUCGGCAAGCCCAUAACUCUGCAGCUUUGCGCCAGAUUAGAGAGCAGGCGCGGGUUCAGACGGCCCGGAAUACCGAGGAACUGGAGGUGCUUCGUGAGGAACACAAUCGCAUCAGGGAGUUGCGAUCGCGCGCGACGAGCAGUGUACAGUAUGCGGACUUGGGUGUCGCUAGGGCGGAUGGCACUCGCAUCCGGGCUAACAGCACGGAAAGCGAAAGGGUCGGGUUGCUGAGCGAUGCGGCGAGCAUGGCGGCGUCGCAGCAGGGUGUAAGGCCUAGUACUUCCGCCACCCACCACCGGAGGGGUUCGAGCUCACUCAGUAUCGACACCUCCAGAUUGGGUGAUCAGUUCCUCGAUUCGUCGACUGUGGCUACACCCUUGACUGGAGCGGGCGGUAGCAGCACGUUCAGCCUCGUUACGCGCAACAGCCAAGAACGCGGACGAUCGAUAUCCAGGUCCAGGGCAAACUCGGCUGCCAAUACCCCGCGCGCUGGAUCCAGCCCUGAGAUGAUCGAUGCCGAUGAUGCUGACCUGGGCGCCGUCAACAUGCCGCCUCCGCCAGGUUACGAAGACGUUCGCUUGGACGACUUAACUCCCUUCCGCUCCCCGGUUGCCUCUGCUGCUGUAUCCGGUAGGAACAGCCCCACCACCAUGACGCCGCUUCCGUACAACGAACCCCCUCCGGAAUACCCCGGUCCAUCACCAGCACCAUCAGCCGAAGAGACAUCGCUCUCUACGCGCACGGAUGGAGGCAGAACCCUUGCUCACCAGAGGAGCAUCUCAGGGGGAGGAGGUGUCGGAACCGUGAACCUACCGACCAGAUUGCCAAGUCUGCGUCUCGACUCAGUGCCACUCAUUGUCGUCGAGCCGGAAGAGGAGAUAAGGAUAGGAGAGGGGAGCAAUAAUAACGCGGCCAGCACAGAGGAAUCGGCGUCUAACCCUCCGAACAUCAACAUAACAUUCCAAGGAGAGAGUAGCGCAGCUCGUACGUCAGUAUCGGAGAGUGUCCGAACAUCGACGGAGAGUGACUCGGGCGAGGAAACCUCAGUAACGACAAAGGGGAAAAAGCCCGAGAGGACCAUCAAAGUAAAUGAACAGGUGGAGAAAGAGAAGGGGAAUGGAAGCGGUGCUGUUACUGCAAAUAUCGAUCGCUCGGAGAGCACCAGGAGCACGACAGCUGCAAGAGAUAAGGAGAGUCACAGUCCCGCAGUAGGAGAAGGGAUAAAAGGAACUUCGGCUGGGAUGACGGCGGAAGGUGCGGAUCCAUGA